AUGGCGCCCACACCGACCACCGACGAGCCCGAUUGGUUCCAAACACGGCCCCAGAGCUAUCAGGGCUACACGGCCACGGGGGCUCCCCCGUUCCUGGCACAGUACAACCCGGCCCCUUUUGGCGAUGCGGCCACCUACACGGUGAACUCGCCGUUGGAAACCUCGCAGCCCAUCCGCGGAGCGAAGGACCGCAACAUCUUCCACCACAUGGGGAAUCUGAGCCCCUACUAUCCCCGUGCCGACGGCUUCGGCGUGGACGAAUACUCGCACCCCCACGGCUCCAACAUCACGCAAAUGCACCUCCUCCACCGGCACGGGUCGCGAUAUCCGACCAAAGACGAAAGCCAAGGGCUGGCCGACUGGGCCGACAAGAUCGCCAACGCAACCCGUCACGGCGCCGUCUUCACUGACUCGCUCGCCUUCCUCAACACCUGGACCUACCUCCUGGGCGCGGAAGUGCUCACCACGCGGGGCCGCCAGGACCUCUUCGACAGCGGGGUGCUCAACCAGUUCAACUACGGCCACCUGGCCGCCAACGACGGCACCAAGAUCGUCGCGCGCACCACCACGCAAGACCGCAUGCUCAAGAGCGCCGAGAACUUCCUCUCGGGCUUCUUCGGCCUCGACUGGCCCGACCGCGCCAACCUGCUCGCCAUGAUCGAGGCCCCCUCCUUCAACACCUCGCUCAUGUCCAUCUACGCCUGCCCCAACGCCAUCACCAAGCCCUUCGGCGACUUCGUUGGCGCCCCCAUGACCGCCUGGAAGGAACAGUAUCUCGCCCACCGCACCCACAAGCUCGAUAGUCUCGUCCGCAACUACAACUGGACCACAGCCGACAGCUUCAACGCGCAGUCGCUUUGCGCCUACGAGACCGUCGCGCUGGGCUACAGCCCCUUCUGCGCGCUCUUCAGCUACGACGAAUGGGAGGCCUUCAGCUAUACCUAUGACAUCGCGUUCGCCGGCUACGCGGGCUUCCAGUGUCCACUCGGUCGCGCCUCGGGCAUCACUUGGGUCGAGGAGUUCCUCGCCCGCGUCCAGCACCGCGACUUCUCCACCCCCGGAUCCUCCUCCGCCGCGAACCUCACCCUAAACGAGAAUCCGGUGACCUUCCCCACGAAUCAAUCCCUGUAUCUUGAUUUCGCGCACGACAAUAUCCUCAUCUCUGUGAUAACAGCGUUUGGGCUCCGCCAGUUCGCUGACCUUACUCUUCCUCCUUCCUCUUCAUCGCCCCCCUCCUCCGAGGAAGACGAAGAAAACGAAGCAGAAUCCACCAAAACGAAAAAACACCACUUCCCCCCCAAAGACCGCAACUUCCAAACCUCCAAACUCGUCCCCUUCGGCGCGCGCCUCAACAUCGAAAUCAUCCGGUCGCCACACGCCGUCCACCCUGCCCGGAAACACGGCGACACGCACCCCUACAUCCCCGGCACGGGGGAGACAGAAUACGUUCAUUUCCUGAUGAACCAGCGGACAGUGCCCCUGCACUCCAGCUUUGCGGAGUGUGAGGAGCGGCGCGAUGGGUGGUGCGAGCUGGGGACGUUUUUGAAGGUGCAGAAGAGGAGCUUGGAGCGGGCGAAGUAUGAUUUUUCGUGUGUGGGGGAAUGGGAACUGGGGAGGUUUGGGGAUGUUAACGAUGGGGUGCCUUUGGGGUCUUAA